UUCUGCGAUGUUAAAGCUCGCAGCCGUUGCGACUGCACGGGGCGCGUUCCUGUGAUUAUUGGAGCCGUGCAGCCGUGUGGGAGACGUCGUGCGGGGAGGAGGUUGAGUGGACGAGGUUUGGUGGACGAGGUUCGGUGGACGAGGUUUGGUGGACGAGGUUUGAGGCGGUGAUUGACGGGGCGAGUAGGAGAGAGGAUGAGCGCCGCCACGGCGCCACGGAUCGCGCUGAGCAGCGAGGAGUUCACGGACAACGGAGUCGUCAGCCUCACCUCCAUCGAGCAGAAGCGCAUUGAAGACAUCAUCAAGCAAGCGUGCUCAUUGUUCGAGCCGCCCGCUUCUGAACCCACUUUAUUUCGAGACAGACAUUAUCAGUAUCUGAAGAAAGGGCUGCAUCAUUUAUCGGACGCAUACGAGUGCCUGGAUGCCAGCCGGCCAUGGAUCUGCUACUGGAUCCUGCACGGACUGGAGCUGCUGGAUGAGCCCGUGCCCGACAGCCUCGCUUCGGAUGUGUGUGCGUUCCUCAAGCUCUGCCAGUGUGCGGACGGCGGCUUCGGGGGCGGCCCGGGACAGCAGGCGCACCUGGCGCCCACGUACGCGGCCGUCAACGCACUCUGCAUCCUGGGCACGGAGGAGUCGUACGCAGUCAUCGACCGGGAGAAGCUGCAGAGUUUCCUGUACCGCAUAAAGCAGCCCAACGGAGAUUUCUGCAUGCACGAAGGAGGAGAGACGGACGUCAGGAGCGCGUACUGUGCAGCCUCUGUGGCUUCCCUCACCUACAUCAUGGAACCCAAGCUCUUUGAAGGAACAGCCGAUUGGGUGGUCAGUUGUCAGAACUGGGAGGGUGGCAUUGGUGGCGUGCCAGGCAUGGAGGCGCACGGUGGAUACACGUUCUGCGGUCUCGCCGCCCUCGUGAUUCUGCGCAAGGAGCGAAUGUUGGAUCUGCAAAGACUUCUGCGGUGGGUCGUGAACAGGCAGAUGAGGUUCGAAGGCGGCUUCCAGGGCCGUACGAACAAGCUGGUGGACGGCUGCUACUCGUUCUGGCAGGCGGGGCUGCUGCCCCUGCUACAUCGAUCCCUAAUGAAUGAGGGGGACCAAGCGCUGAGCGAGCAGCGCUGGAUGUUCCACCAGGAGGCGCUGCAGGAGUAUCUGCUCAUGUGCUGCCAGCAUGUUGCCGGAGGGCUGUUGGACAAACCCGGAAAGGCGAGGGACUUCUACCACACAUGCUACUGCCUGAGCGGUCUCUCUGUGGCUCAGCACUUCUGUAAAGACGGCUUGUCCAAGGAUACCAUCGUUGGGAAGGAGAGCAAUGCCCUGCAACCAACCCACCCAAUCUACAACAUCGACCCCGACAAGGUGGCCAGAGCUCUCGUCCACUUCUCCAAGUUGGGGAUUCCGAUUCGCGUGUGCCCUGCUGACGAACCGGACAAGUUGAACCCCUGACGCAGACACUGACCCCCCCCCCCCCCAUCCCACACCGCCCCUUUGCCAAAGUCCAAGCAACACUCCCAACUCCCACUCUGGCUAUACGGCCCUCGGGACACUAGGAUGCAACAUGGGCUGUCAGGACCGCGUCGUGCAGCGUGGCGAGUGAAAAGUGGCGAAAGAGCGAAAUAUUGCUUCCGCAAUGGGUGCCGCUACUCUUGGGCAAUGUUGGGGGAAAAUCCUCGCUGGCAAUUGUCACAGGCGACAACGUUUGCUGUGUAACAGCAAUGGUGUAACCUGUUGCAAGCAAGAUGGGUAAGAGAGAUGGAGAGACUCGGAGACGAGGUAGAGAUUAAUGGUCACUUAGAGGCGGUGUGUCUUGAUGCCAUGUGACGCCACAACGUCCACUGACGUGCCGUCAUGUGACUUGCCAGUUACACUUUAUGUUGCUUUAAAAAAUAUGAGAACCCAGCUCUCGGGAAUGUUUGGGGAAUUCAUUGCAUUUGCUAUGAUCAUCUGUGGCAACUUGGUACCAAAGUGGUACAGAGUGUUGGGGUUCUGUCGAGCCAAUGAAAACUGUUGAAAAGUGUGGCUGAUGAACAGUGAUUGGUCUACAGGGCACACACCCUCGAGCAGUCAUGUGACCUCUGUAACCUCACGGGAAGUUGUUAUUGUAGGUGCCUGCUAGGUGGAGCAACGAUCGGAUACGUCCAUGUUUGGGUAACGCUUUUUCUCCCCGAUGGAAAGUGGUGCAGCAACUGUUGCAAGUGACAAUUAGAAGCAACGAUUCUUGCCCAAAAAUUUGCCCUAGUGUGUUAUGGCCUUCGGCGAUGCUUCUAUCACAAAUGUUGAAUUGAAAAACAAUGUUCUCAGUGUACUUGCCUUAUUAAAAAUUGGAAAAGAG